UCCGUCAUCAAGCCGGCGCUUCUGUGUAGGUUGUCAUCUCCUCAUCUGAAAUGGGGCCUUGGUCCUGGUCUAAGUUUUCUUGUAAAUGAAACACACCAGUUAUAACUUAGAUCUGAUGCCGAUGGAGUAAUUGGGUUGCAUAGCUAUGAAAUGUUCUCUGUUUUUGAGGGGAAGACUUUUUCAUUUGUUACCACCAUGAUUGUGCUGUUUUACCUCUUAAAACAUUGCCCUGUUGGAGUAUCUCGGCAUCGGUUUCUAUUUGUGUAGCAUAGCGAUCACAUGUUUACCAGGGCCUUGUCUGUGCCGGACUGUGUGCUGGAGUCCUGUCACACGAUGGCCGGCAGAACUGAGUAAGUCAAUUUUAGAAGUCUGGGUGCUUCCCGCGCGUUCCGGCGGCCGUCAGAGCACAGUGGCCACGAGCUGAGAUUUGGAGCCAUACUGCCUGCAUCGUUGGUUCCCAGCUCAUCACUUCCUAGCUGAGCGAGCUUGUGUGGGUGACUUCAGUGACUCACUUUGUCAUCUAUAGAAUGGAGACAGUGCUGUGGCCCUGCUCACAGGGUGGUCUCAAGGCUUCUGUGAAUCCGUGUGUGUCUGGUGCUAGCACGUGGUGAGCACUGGGUCUGUGUUUGCCAUAGUUCUUAGGAGUAAGUGAAAAUACACCCAGCACAGUAAUUACAAUGGGCUCGAAUCUUGCAUUCUGUAAGCUGUAACUCUGGUCCUCCUGACAGAGAAUGUGAUUGACAUUCACAGGUGUGGGAAUGGCUAUGCGGAAAAUGGGCGCCAUGGCCAAGCCAGACUGUGUCAUCACUUCCGACGGCACACACCUCACCCUCAGAAGCGAGAGCACGUUGAAGACCACCCAGUUCUCAUGCAACCUGGGAGAGAAGUUUGAAGAGACCACAGCAGAUGGCAGGAAAACUCAGACCGUCUGCAACUUCGUCAACGGCGCGCUGGUCCAGCACCAGGAGUGGGACGGGAAGGAGAGCACCAUCACGCGGCGGCUGGAGGGCGGGAAGCUAGUGGUGGAAUGCGUCAUGAACAAUGUCAACUGUACUCGGGUCUAUGAGAAAGUGGAGUAAGAAUUCCAUCAUCCUUCCAGGCGGGAAUUAGCCAUGAGGAUAAACAAGCUCAGUUCAAUGAGCAAAUCUCUCCACGCGUUUUUUCCCCUUUACUGUGUUCAGUUAUCACAACCAUUUUACAUGCAACUAUUUCUGAGUUGGUUUAAUUAAGAUCGACCGUUUCGUUAGUAAAUAAAUGUGUUUAUGCUAUA